AUGGAAGUGCCCCCAGAUGAAGAAGAACCUAUGGAGGAUGAGCCUCAGGAGCCUGUGGUUUUAAAAAAAAAUGUCGAAAGAAAAAAAUUAAUAAAUAAAAAUAUCAGAAGGAAGACCACGAUUCGGACUAUGAAGCUCCGGAGAAGGAAAAAGAACGGGAGGCCCGACUUCAGGCCGCCGAAAAUGGGGCUCCCGACGCGAAAAGGAAGAAGAUGGAGGAUUCGGUUGGAUAAGAUUCGAAAAAAAUAUAUAUUGAUUUUUCUCAGAAAUCGAUCGAUCCAACGGAGAAACGAAAAGAGAGCAAAAGCAAAAAAGUGGAAGAUCCGACGCCGGAGGAGGGUCGACCCAAGAGGAAUCGACACGAAUCGGUGAGAAUAAUGGGAAAAAAAAAGGGGGGUAAAUUAGCGAAUAUUCAAGCAAAAAAAACGAUGAUAAAAAGUAGGAAGCUCCAAUUUUUCUUUUACGGUCUGAAAAUAAGAAAAAAAUUGAGAAAAAAAUGGCUCAUUUCGAAGCAAAAAACGAGAAUAUUGACGGAAGGAAAAGUAGGAAGCUUCAAUUUGUCUUUUAUGGUCAGAAAAUAAGAAAAAAAAAUCGAGACGAAAAUCGAUGAUUUUGAAGCAAAAAGCGAAAAAUUCUACAUGAGUCGGUGAGAAAUUGGGGAAAAGUGAGUUAUAUUAGCCAGUCUCUAAGCAAAAAAGUGUUAGAAAGUUUGAAAGGUAAGUAAAAAAAAACGUUAAAAAAAGCGGAAAAAAACGCAAAACGCUAAUUUUCAAUUUUACGAACCAACAAUUCAUCUUGUUCUUACUUUACGAAUGAAAAUUGAAAUAAAUUGAAAGCCUUACUUCAAAAAAAUUAGUUCUUGGUCAAGGGUGAAAAAUUGGAUAGAAAAAUAAAUUUUUUUAGGUAGAAUUAUUUCUGUUUUGUAGUUUGUAAGAAAAUAAGGAAAAAAAAAGGGGCCAAAUUAGACAAUUUUUUUGAGCGAAAAAAAUGGUUUGAGUUUAGUGAAAAAAAGGUUAGUGAAACAGAUUCAAAAAGGUAAAAAAAGGAUGUGUGAGAAAAAGAUAAUUUUCAAUUUUUUUCAUUCAACUUUUUCAUCUACUAGUUGACAUUCUAUAUUAAAAAAAUUGAAUAGAAUAUAAAUGUGUAAGAAGAUUUUUCGAGUUUGAGUUGGUCAGAAAAAAAUCAGUGAGAACGGAACGAAUUAGGAUUAUUAUUAGUUUUGAAGCAAAUAAUGAAUAUAUUUAAAAAAAGAGAAGUUUGAGUUGGGUUUCCUCAGUAAAAAUUAUUAUUUUUUUCUUGUUUCUCUCAAAUUUUUCGAAUGAAAAUCAGACAAAAUAAGACAAAAAAAGGUGAUUUUUGUUGAUGAACUUUCGAUGUUAGAAUCGUUUUUUUGACUUUGAAAUUGAAAUUCGAACGUUACGGCUUGUGAAAGAAUGAAAAUAAUACAACCAAAAAUUAUUUUAUUCACAAACUUAAAAAGUCUUUCACAGCCAGACCUUUUUUUAAUGCUAGUUUUUUUCCAGGCCACCGAACGGCCAACGUCUCUCUCGAUUUCGAUUCCCGACGUUUUUCGACAACGAUUCCGGCUCGAAUUCCAGCGCUUCGGCCACUCCGACCAUCAAAAAGAAGGCCGUCUCGACGUUGGCCAAGCCGUCAGUCUUUCCAAAAAAAAAAGAUUAUUUGAAAAAAUAUUCCAAUACGGCUGGGAAGAAAGAUCUUAAGAAAAAAUUCGAAAAUUGAGAACUUUAUCAAUAAAAAAAUGGAACCGUUUCUCGCAAUUAUCCACGGAGCGCACUUUCAUAGGAAUUUUUGGCCAGAUCCCCUUUUUUGAACAAAUUUUCUUCGAGUUCAAAAAAAGUUGAAAGUUUCGAAAAAAUGGUAUCUAGAUCACUAUUGUCCACGGAGCGCACUUUCAUGUGAAUUUUCGGCCAGGCUUCAUUUUUUUGAACAGUUUUUCAUCGAGCUUCAGUAACUCAGUGUUAGAAGCUUUACAAGACAAUAAAAGUGGAACCAUUUCUUGCAUUUAUCCACGGAGCACACUUUCAUAGGCACUUUUGGCCAGACUCCAUUUUUUUUUUUUGCCAGACCCCAUUUUUUGAAGAGUUUGAACAUUAUUUCAUGGAUUUUCAAGAAAUUAACGUUAGAAAUGUUGAAAGGAAAAAAAUUGGGAACAUUCCUCGCAUUUGUCCACGGAGCGCACUUUCAUGUGAAUUUUCGGCCAGGCGUCAUUUUUUUUUUUUUGAACGAUUUUCCACCGAUCUUCAAUAACACAAUGUUAGAAGUUUUGAAAAAAAGUGUCUAGAUUCCAUUUCUCCAUGGAGCGCAGUUUCACUUGAAUUUCUGGCCUGAUUUAUUUUUUUGAAAAAAAUUUUUCCGAUCUUCAAGAAAAAAAGUUGAAAGAUGUGAAUUUUUCUGCUAGAUUUCAUUUUUUUAUGAAUAGUUUUUUUCAUUGAGAUUCAAGAAAAAAAGUCAAAAAGUUUUAAAAAAAGUGUCUAGAUUCCCUUUCUCCAUGGAGCACACUUUCACGGGAAUUUUUUUGGCCAAUUUCAAUUUUUUUGAACACAUUUUUUUCUGUUUUUUUAAGCUUUGAAAACCAAUUUUUUUCCUUUUCUGAUGUUCCUGAGAAGGCGUUUUUUUGAAAAAAAGGAUAAGGAUCUUGUAUUUUUUACUUACUGGUUUCUUUAAAGCUUUUUUUCAUUUCUUUUUUUGCACCUCCUAAAAAUAAUUUUUCUUUUAAAAAAAGCUGUACUUGACUCAUAAAAAGUCUCAAAAAAAUUAUUUUUCUCAAUUUUUUUAGACCUUCAAAACCGAAAUUGCCGCCCCCGCCACAAAUGAUCACCACUAAGCAUAAAUGGUCGGCGAUGAUGGCUGAGGUUUUUAAAAAAAAAUCGAUAUUCGUGAAAUUUCGAUUUCAGUACAAACGCGAGAAACAAAUGACGGAAGAAGCGACCACUUCUUCCCCGAAAACCCGGAUUUCAGAGCCCUCUACAUCCUCGGCCACUCAACCCCCGGUCAAAAGUAAAAUUCUAACAAAAAAAUCAAAAAUUUUUUUCAUUGAUUAUGAACUUUUAGAGCCUUCCAACGCUUCCACGCCGGCCUCAAAUGUCGGGAAAAACCGUCCUAGACGAAAUUAUCGGCGAUAAACCGGUUGUCCUGACCAAACCCGACUGGAGAAGUUGGUUUUUAUGUUAGGAAAUGCAGAAAAAGUAGAGAAAAAUGAACGCAAAAGAUAACUUUUAGGUGUUUUUUGAACUGAAAAGUUUUUUUUUCACCAGAAGAGAUACUCAAAAAAAAAAAACUUUAAAAAAUUCGAUUUCGCUAAAUUUUCUGCAAUUUUAUCGAUUUUUUUCGGGAAAUGUUGACUUAAAAUUGUUCUGAACCUAGAAAAAAGAUUAUAAUUGGAUUGGUAAGAAAAAAACUAGGUUUAAAUCUACAUUUUCACCUGAUUUUUGAGAAGAAAAAAGGGAAAAAAAAAAGAAAAAUUUCGAAAAACUCACCAACUAUGUACAAAAUUUCAUUUAACGCAUUAGUUUUUCAAGCUUUAAAAUUUGAAACGAGACAAAAUGAACGGUUGUAAUAGAUUUUCCCAUUUUCAUCGUUUUUUCAACGAAAUGGAGCCUUAACGUUCUGAAACAUGAUUAUAAUCAAAUUUGAAAGAAGAAAAUUCGGUUCAAAUCAUCAUUUUUGGAAGGAAAAGAGAAAAUUAUAGGGUAAAAAUCCCGAGAGUCAUGUAAUUCUUAUUCACUGAAUCCAAAAAGGAUAAAAGAAAUUGGCGUACGAUUAUUUCACUAACAUUCACUCAAAAAAAGUUUCAAAUUAAAUGGUCAAAUCUCUCAAGAAAGUUCAAAUCGUUAAUCUCGCUUUGAAAGUCAUCUCUGAGUCUCUAAAAUAUUCGUUAUAUUUUUUUCCUUCUCUGACGGCCCUUUUUGUCUCGUUAUCUGAAUACGACCAGAAAGAAAAAAAAAAAAAGUUCUUUCCGACUAUUGGAUAUUCAAACACGUUUUUCCAGAAACGACCAAACCAGCGCCGAAAAAGGAGCAGAACGCCGACGUUCUCGGUCAAAUAUUCACCGCCCAGGAGCAAUCCCUUAAGCAACGUAGACUAGACGAAGAACGCAGGAAUCCGCCCCGGACCGAGCCCGAUCUGAAGCCUCUCCGAAGUGCGGACACCACUCCGCGGCCUCAGAACCCCGAGAAAGUCUACUCCGAGACUUCUCUCCUCCCGCCGCCCCCGCCUCCCCCCAGGAUCAAAGGGAACGCCUCGCCGCCACCGCCGCCGCCUCCCAAAGACCUGCAAAUGGCCCCGGCGCCGCCUGUCGGCGUCAAACGACGCUCGAGGUGCCUGGGAAUCAAUGAUUUAGCUUGGAAAAAAAAAAUUGGAAUCGAAGAUAGGAGCAUAUUUAUUGCGAUAUCGCCGCGGCACAUUUGCGGUAUCGCCGCGGCACUUUCGCGAUAUCGCCACGGUACAUUUGCGAUAUCGCCGCGGCACAUUUGCGAUAUCGCCACGGUACUUUAGUGAUUUCGCCGCGAUACAUUUGCGAUAUCGCCGCGGCACAUUCGCGAUGUUGCCGCGGUAAAUUGGCGAUGUCGCCGCCUCAUUUUGGAGAUAUACGCGGUAACUUCACGAUAUCGCCGCGGCACGUUUGCGAUAUCACCGUGGCACAUUUGCGACAUCGCCGCGGCAAAUUUGAAAUAUCACCGCGGCACACAUGCAAUAUAGCCGCGGCACGUUCGCGAUAUCGCCGCCUCACUUUUGAGAUAUCACCGCGGCACCUUUGCGAUAUCGCCACGGUAAAUUGGCGAUAUCGCCGCGGUCCAUUUGCGAUAUCGCCACGGCAUAUUCGCGAUAUCGCAAAUGAACCGCGUUUUGUAUGCAAGUUCGCCAUAUUGCCGCGGCAAAUUCAAGAUAUCACCGCGGCAAAUCUGAGGUUUUUUCGGUCACAGUGAACAGCGAAAACGCGUCAAAAAAAAUGCGAGAUCGCUGCGCUACAUUUGCGAUAUCGCCGAGCCACAUUUGCGAAAUCAUCGCGGCACUUUUGCAAUAUCACCGUGGCACAUUUGUGAUAUCGCCGCGAAAACAGUGCGAUACCGCCGAACCUAUUCGCGAUAUUGCCGAGGUAAGUUCGCGAUAUCGCCGAGCCUCUUUGGGGUAUCGUUCCGCCACUAAAAUCGUCUUUUUCUUAGCUUGUUUUUUUAAAGAAAGAAAAUAAGAAAAUUUUGCCAAGAGAAGGGUUUAGACACGCUUUUUUAUACAAACUACUAGUGGGCCAACCUUUUUAAAUAAUUUCAAUUAAGAUUCGACCAACCGCCACCCGAAGUCGUCGCCCAGCAGACGUACAUGAUGCACAUGGCUCAUAUGGGAAUGGGUCCGCCCCCAUUCCCGAUGAUGCCCCCGCCGCCCUGGAUGAUGGGAAUGCCGCCGCCGGUCGGAGCCCCGCCUUUUGUAGCUCCCCCCGCGGCUCUCCCAGCUCCUCGGCCUGUGGCAGCUCUGCCACCGCCGCCGCCGACUCCGAACAGCAAGCCGAACAGUGCCAGCAACAGCUCGUCGAACACUCCGAUCAUGGUGGAUAUUUUUGAAGGGGGUUUAAGUUUUAGUGGAUAAUUUACCAUAAAUGGGUGGAAUCAAGAAAUUUUUUUGAGAAAAAAAGGACCGUAAUAGUUCGUAGAUAAUCUCCGUUUUGGUGAGAAUUUGAGAGGGGGCUUAAGGAUGAUCCUACUUUACUAUAAGAGGAAAUUCUGUAGGAAAACCUUGAAAAUUCUGAAAAGUCAGUAGGAGCUCUAAAAAGUUACAAAUUCUAAAAAAAUUUUUUUUUGGGUUUUGAGAAAAGGGACAGGAAUAGUUCAAAGACAAUCUCAGUUAUUAUUUUUGAGGAUUUUCGGAUGAUUCUAGUGUAGAAUUAUUCAUAAAAGGCCAACAGGGGGACAGAAAAAAACGCUACAAAUUAGGAAAAAUUUGUAGUUUGUGAAAUUUUUAUCCUAUUCUCGCGAGAUUCGACAUUUUCUAGUCAACGGAUUCGCUGUCUUUUGUGCAUUUUCAAGCUUAUCAUUCGUUAAAAAAACUGAACAAAAUGACCCUUUUAUUCUCAAAAUUUCCUUUUCUCACUGCAUUUUCUUCUCAAUUUAUGGUUCUAAUCGUCAAGGUUCAUUUUGAACGGAAAAUUGGAUGGAAAUCCCCGAAAAAUCUAUUUUUUAACAAGGAUGCAUUGAAUCGAUUGUUUGGAUCUUCUUUGAAGUUUUUCAUUUCUCAGAAGCCAUCGCCGGUGAUCGCCCAGUCUCCAGUGACUUCUCGUUCUCCACCUCCGCCGCCGCCUCCUCCAAAAAGAUCCAACAUUUCCGGAACCCCGACGGCAGUUUUCGAAGCCAAAGCGGAAAAAUCUCCGCCCCCACCUCCACCGCCUCGUCCACCGGUUCAACAAUCUUGGAAAACUCCAAACCCUCCAAAAUUACCUGUUAAGAAGGUGGAAAAGGAGGAGGAGCCGGUCGUCCUCCCGCCGCCGCCGCCGUUCCCCAAGCCCCGGGCCGAAGAACCGCCCGCCGCCGUUCUCCGGGAUUGGCUCCCGCUGGAGGCCCGAUCCGCAUCCAACAGGUGCAAACUUCCCGUCUUUUCUUGAUCUCCUGCCAUUGUUGUUUGUUCCUCGUUUGUGUUGAAGUCAUCUUCGCUGAAUUAACGCCUUUUUUUCCAGAUGGUAAGGUCAAAAAUUGACGGUUCUUCUGUUACGAAAAAUUCUCUUGAAAAAUGGGGUUUUUCUGAUUUUUUUGGGUUCUGCAACAUCAAAUUUUGCUCUAUCACGUCGAAAAUCUGUGAAAUGCGUCAUUUUAGCUUGCUAGUUUUUGAAAAAUAAUGGAUCAAAGGCGGAAAAAAAAUUCAGAAAUCUUUAAAAUGCGACACUUUAUUGAAAAUUUUAGAAAUCUGAAAUGCGGCAUUUUUUGAAAAUUUCGAAAUCAGUAAAAUGCGACAUUUUAUCAAAAAUUUCAAAAAUCUAUAAAAUGCGUCACUUUUAGCCUCUUUUUCAGAAAAUAGUUAGCUUGUAAAGGAGAAAGUUAAACGAAAAACAGAAAAAAAAGGCUUUAAUUGACCUUAAACUUUGCUUCAAAACAUCAAAAGUCUGUAAAAUGCUUCAUUUUAGCCCGUAUUUCUCCAAAAAGAAGAAGAUAUACAGAUUGAGACUUUGAGAACAUAUUUUUGGUACUUCUAGGAGUUUUCUGGGCGAUUUUCAAGAUUUGAGGAGGAUUUCUAGAGACCUAUUGAGGCAAAGAGGCGUUUUUUUGUUAUUUUUCCUAUCUUGUAAAUAUUUUUUGCGCCUCAAGAUGCAUUUCCUAACGUCUUAGUUUAGCUUUGAUUUCGAAAAAAAUGGGUAUUUUUAACUUGAAAAUAUAAAAAAAUUGCCAGAAUGCAUUUUUGAUUUACCGUAGUAAGAUCCUGAAAGGCUUAAUCUGCUCAAAUUGCUGUUUAAAAAAUGAGGUUUUAAAAACCGAAAAUAGGCUAUUUUUUUAAGAAUUUAAAGGGUUUUCUUUGACUUUGAAAGGUCCUUUCGGAAACUAGACAUUUUUUUCAAAUUCGGAACUCUAGGACCUUUCCAGGGCUCUUCGAGGAUUUUGGCCAUUUUUUUCAAGAAUUUCCUAACCCCCAUAGUUACGAAAAAAAGAGAAAAUGAACAACGAAAAAAAUAGAUUAUGUAGAAAAAAUGGCUUGCAAUUUCCAAAAUUGCGAUUUUCGACCAUUUUAAGGGAAUCUUUAUUUUUUUUUUAGGUCAUAAAAGGCCCCUUGUAACUAUUUUUAAGAUUUUUUGGAUUGCGCAGUACCCUCCAAAUUUUUUUCUUACCAUCCAUUUCCACCUUUCUCUCUCGAUUCAGCGAAGAUGUUGUUAUUAAUAGCAUUUGUUAAUUUUCCACUACCUCAUCAUUAAGAUCUCUGUACAAUAUUGUCUGUUGCCAUGAUUUGCAUGUGAAAAAAAGAUUGUUGAAAAAUUCUUGAUUUAUAUGGCCAAAAAUAAAGCCGGAUUGCUUGUUAAUUUUUCUUGGAUUUCGGAGCUUAGCUAACCGUGAAACGGAUGCGGUCCUUAGUAUAUCUUUCAUUUUUUCGAUUUUCGUGAUUUUUCUAUGAUUUUGUGGCUGAUUCACCGUGGUCUUGUCGCGAUUUUUGAAGUAAUUUUCUCGAAAAUUGGCCGAAUUUUUUGAAAAUUUUGACAAGGUAGCGGUGAAUCGACUAUAUUCCCUUUACCUCUCCGAUUUUUGCGAAAAGAAAAUAAAUAUUCAAUUUCAGAGCCCCAACGGAAGAGGAGACCCGCGAGAAGGACAAAUUCAAGUCGUUCCUCGAAAAUCUCCACAAUUCCGUUUUCCAUGAAGAUCCGGCUAGGUGAAUCUCCACGAAAAACUCCUCAAAAUUCAACUUUUUCCAUUUUAGCAACGAAGAAGAGGAGGCCGAGGAUAAAGAAGACGAAAUAAAUGGUCAAGUUGAAUCGGAACGUCUGGAAGGCGGCCGAGAGCCCCUCCCGACGACUUCUGAACAGCCCACGGAUGCCGAAGACGUGAAAGAUGAGGACGAAGAAGAGGAAUUCGUGAUCCGCGACACGACGGUCGACGUCGAGAACGGCACCCAGGAGGAGACCCGUCAAGUGGUCACUGAAGUGGCCCCGAGCUGCGAGGAGAAAUCGACGGCGGUGGUGCCCACCUCCGCGGCUGAAGAACCUAUCGUGGUGAGGAACUGAGGAAGAUUGGGUUUAUAGUUCAUCCAUAGGGGCUUUUGGAGUUCUAAUAUUCAGAUUAUAUUUCAAAAAUUGUCUUGAAGGUCAAGAAACUUUGGCUUGAAGAUCCCAUUUUUUUCAAAAUACUUCCAUUCUUUUUAGUUCAUUCAUACAAGUUUCUUGGAUUUUUGAGAGACAGAAAAUUUUAUCCAAAAGUUAGUCUUGAAGAAUACAAAAGUAGCUAUUUUUAUGUAGACGAGGCACUUGAGAAUUUUAUUAAUUUUUUUUUCGCGAAGCCAGUUUUUUAUUAUAGAGAUCUGGGUUCAUAGUUCAUCCAUAGGGGUUUUUGGUUUCAUGAAAUUCAGAAGGACCCUUUAAGGGCCCUUUGAGCGUCCGGAUCAAAAGGCUUCCAUCAAUUGUUCCUAAACGGGUGGCAAUGGUUCCCUUUUUACUGCCUUUUUCCGUCCUUUCAUCGGCCUUUAUCCAUCCUUUUUGCACCCUGUUUGAACCCUUUUUAGACCCUUUUUGGACCCUUUUGAGAAACACAAAUUUUUUGAAUUGAGAAUACUUCACCAAUGACUUUGUAUGAACCAAAAUGUGCUACAGUAAGAAAAUCGGAAAUCAUCAAUGGCCGAGCCUCUCAGCACCCUUUUUGCGCCCUUUUUUGAGCCUUUUUAGCCCGCCAAGAAAGAAUGACUCAAUAAAGGCCGCAAAACGGAACCCUUUUAGCCGCCAUUUUGCAGUCAAUUUCUUUUUGAACCCGUUUUUUGUACUUCCGACCUUGGCAGUGUUACAAUAUUGUUAUUACAUCUGAAAAAUUUAUCUUGAAGCUUAAGAAAAUAAUUUUAACGUGAGAGUUUUAUUCGAGUUAUUUUUAGAAAACUUUUCCCAUUUCUCCUAGUUCAUUUCUAAGGGUUUCUAGGAGUUUUGUUUGUAUUUUUUUGUCUAAAAUUUCGUUUUUUUAAAGGUUAUGAAAAUAGCUAUUGCUACGUAGACGCUGAAUUUCGGGGCAUACUUGAGGAUUUCAUUUAUUUUUUUGAUUUGAAGUCCCUGGUUUUUUUCGAGCCUUUUUUUCGAAAAAAAUUUUUUUGAAAUUUCGGAUUUUGUUUGAAGGUUACGAAUCUAGUUGAUAAAUUCUGGCUUGAGGAUUUUUAUUUAUUUUUUUCAUUUAAAGUCAUUUUUUUGGUCAUUCAUAGCUCAUCCAUAAGGGCUUUUUGGAGAUUUUGAAAGUGCCAAAAAUUAAUCUUAUCAAGCCAUUCUUUGGAGGAACUUUUUAAAAUUUGGCUACCGAGGUUUUUUUCAUUACAGAUGAACCUCUAUUAGAAAAAUCUCCAGAAAAAAAUUUGAAUCUUCAAAAUAAUCUUUUUGUUAUCGAAGUGAAUCGAUCACUGCUAAACAACUUUCCCAUUACAUACGAGGUCAAGGAGUUUGUGAUCAAAUUUAAAAAAAAAAGCCGAUAUUCAUCCUCUAAUGUCAAUAAAAGCAUUACCUUGUCGCAUUUUUUCCGAAAAAAGUUUGAUUUUUCCAGAUUUGGCAACUUCUUUCAUUGGUUUCAUUGGUUUUUCGCUCAUUUUUCAAACUUUUGAGCUUUUCCUAAUUUCUUUUAACUCAGCUUUGAGUUCCUAGAAUAUCCAGGAAGGUUGAAGGAAUGGACUAAACAGUUUUUGAACCCGAAAAAGAAAUAUUUUCUCAAUUUUUAGAGCUUUUUUCAUUCUUUCAUCACUAAAGUUUCCCUGACAAUAAUUUUUCUACGUUUUUUUGAGUUUUUUUAAUAAUAUUUCGGUGUUUUUUUGAAAAAUUUUUCCUCUUUAAAAUCGAUGCAUUAGAAAGAUAUUCCGAUCCAAAAAAUUAUCUUUAUUCGUAGAACUUCACGUUGAAAAUCUAUAUAACUUGUCUGAAAAUGAUAUUUUCCAGGAAUACGAUCCUCUUGAGAACACGAGCUGUUGCGAAACGGAUUUUUAUGUCUACGAACCGUCAUUUCGGGUUUUUCCUAAGGAUAAAAUUCGAAAAAUUCAAGAUUUUUCAGAAAGGCGAAGGCGAGGAAAUCGUCAUGGACGUGGAACACGAGGAAGACGUCUACAACGAGGAGGAACAGGAAUAUGGUUUAGAGAUGGAUUUUUGACGGGAAAAAAUGGAAAAAAUAGCUGCUGGGGAAUGUGCGCUCUAAUGAUAAUCUUAAGGCGCGAAAAUUAAAUUUGAAAUUUUUGAUGGUUUUUUCAAUUUUUCGCAUAAAUUAGGGGUUUUUGUUCAUUUUUUGGUCAAUAAUACUUUUUUACAGCGGUAUUUCUUUAUAAGAAAAUAAAAAAAUUUGAUUUAUUGGAAAAAAAAAUGAAAAAAAUAGUUGCGGGGGAAUGUGCGCUCUAAUGAUAAUGUUAAGGCGCGAAAAUCGAAUUUUGAAUUUUUGAUGUUUUUUUUAAUGUUUUGCGUAAAUUAGGAAAUUUUUUCAUUUUCCGGUGCUUAAUAAUCAUUUCAGAGCGGUAUUUCUUUAUUAGAAAUAAAAAAUUCGAUCGGAUUUUUUUUAACUUGAAUUGUUAAGCUCAAAAAAAGCCACUGAAUUAGCGGUUUGAUUUUUGGGCGUUUUUUCACUUUAGGGCUUUUGACACCAUAUAUGGACUCUAAAUGUACGAAAAAAGUAUGAAUAAAAUCAGAAAAAAUUACAAAAUUCGAUAAAUUAGCCGUGUAGCGCAAUUGACAUGACGGUUAUUUUUUCCAAUUUUUUUUUUGAUUUUUUUCCUUUUUUUCCCUCAUUUUUCUUUGUUUUAAUUAUAGAAGAAGGCCAUGAGGUUCAAAAAGAAGAAGAAGAGGAAGAACCAGCCGAAGAACCAAUGGAAGAGGAGCCGGAAAUUGACUUGACGUUUGUGAAAAUCGAUAAAAAUCAAUAAAAAAAUUUUCCAGUGACGCAAAUGCUCGACGAGAUUUGCUCAUGAGGGCCAUGCCAUUGUUACAAUCUUUCAAUGUCGUUGAAAAAGGUGGAAAUCGAACCAGAAUUGGAAAUUAUUCGAUAAUUUUUCUAGAAAAGGAAGUACCGGAAGAGGAGGCCCCACAGGACCUUUACUGCCAACUUUCGCAGAAUAACGAGGAAUUCGAGAGGACCAAGGAGGACACGGAAGUGUACUAUCACGGGGAACCUGUCCCGGAUGACGACGAUAUGAACUUGUUCGAGGUGAGAAAAUGGGUUUCCUAG